UGCACUGUGUUCGCACACUUAGAUUCAGAAAGAUUCAAAUUCAACCAAAGUCCCUAGAUUUAGGGGUUUUAGAUUUUAUCGACAGCAUUUCCGACGGAAAGGACGGAAAGUUGAAUUAAUUUUAAUUUAAUUUACUAGCUGUUGGUAUCCCUGCGUUUCCUACUUCAUUCCAAUCACGUUUGGAAAUUUGGUUUCUGUUUUUAAAAAUUUAUUUAAUUUUCAAUGUAAUAAUGUGUAUUCUAAUUAAUAAGAUUGUUUCCUCCGAUGUAUCAGUUUUAUAUGAGUUGGGUUUUUAUAAGAAUUGGAAGUAGUAAAGUUCGGGAUUUCCAAACGUCAAAGUAGUGGGUCGUGGGUCGUGGGUGGUGUUUGUGGCUGAUUUCACAACAAUAGCUGUAUAUUCUGUCUAAAAAAUAUCAUUUGUAGUGGAAAUUUAUUAUUUAUCUUUAAUUUUUCUAAAGUUUAUAAUGUGUGUUGCUGUGCAUUUCGUACGUUAUGGUUAUGUGAUUUAAUUUACACUCCCAAAUAUAUCAAUUUAGUGUAAAAUGCUCCAUGUGGAUCAAUAGUGUAGAUCAAAUAAGAAAAUUACUCAUUUUUCUUGCUCAAUAGUGAUUGUGUACUUUUGCUACAAGGUUGUUGAAUUGUUUGUCGUAAUAAUUGCAUUGUUCAAGACUUUACAUUGUAGAUAAUUAAAUAAUGAAUUCUAAUAACCACAAUCAACCUCGUAAAAACUCAUCUAGUUUUAAUAGACAUGCUAAUAACCACCCAAAUAGAUCUAAUCACCCCCAUAAUCAGCAGCGUUGGCCAAACAGAUAUCCUAAAGAUUAUAAUAGAGAAUUUGAGAAUUUUAAUAGAGGGGAAUGUUCAUUAACAUCAACUGCAAAUCAAAAGGAAUCAAAUUAUGUACAUGGUUACCCUAAAAACUCCCAAUUAAGUCCAGUUCCAAGAAAUAACCAUAUUCAUUAUUCCAAUGAAGCUUCAGGUGUACAUCAGCAUCUAGACAGAAGACACAACUUAAAUAGUCCUCAAGAAAGAAGACAUACUAUCCCUCAAAAUUAUCACACUCUUAAUGAUCGCAGACUUAUGCCUGGUUUGUCUGAUAGGCGACAUAUAUCUCCACCACUUCACAUAAACGUUUGUGAAAAUAGUAACAUUAAUGAAAAUAUCCACCCAAGAGGAAUGAUGGAUUUUUCUCAAAGAAGGCCUACUAGAGUUUCACCAGUGCAGUUUCAACAAACAUCACCUCAAUAUUUCCGACAAGCCAGUGAUGAAAGUAUAAAAAGUGAAAGUCCUUCGCGUAAACGUAGGAGGUUAUCUAGAUCAGGGCAUCAUUUAGAGAUGCAGCCCGGUGGCCCCCCAUCUCCACCUAGAAGGUCACCUAGACAGCAUCCUCCAUCUACGCCGCAUCAAGUUCAAGGUAGUCCACCAUUAAGAAGACCGAGAUACCGAGACAGGAAUGAUUUUAGUCAUUCACAUCACCAACAGUUCCUUCCUAGUCCGCCUCCUGUUGCGCAUGCUCAUCCACAUCAAAAUGCUGUAAUGGUUGAUUUAAAUCAAGUUUCUGUAACUAUACCUAUGAGCCAUCAUCAUCAUCACCACCACCACGAAGGACCGCCAACUGCAGUAUGGAGUUAUCCGACUGGUGCUCCUCAUAUUUCACUUUGUGCUGCUCCGGCCGGAGCCCCACCUCACUUACAUUCCUGUCAUGUACAUGGUCAUGUUUACAGUGCGCCGCUCGUGCCCCAAGUGCCGCCGCCACUGGCCGGCUGUCUGGCCCCGCCGCCUUUCGCCGCCGCGCCCGCACCGGUAGCAGUGCCCCCCGGACACCAUCAACAUUACGGCUUGGGUACGAGGCCCGAGCAUCAGCUGGCCGAAUUGGAAAUGUUGCAACAUCGCGGGGAGACGCAUCAAGCCCAUUUGGCGCCGCAUCCUUCGUUACACGUUCCUCCGUUGCAGGUCCCAGCAUCGGCAGCUUCAUUGUUCCUGUCCGAAGCGCGAGGCGGCCCCUUGGACCUCCUACGUCAGAGAGGCGCCCCUCAUCACGGGGCUCGCCUAGCACCACCCCGAGCCCACCGUUGGCAUCACAGCACUCCUCUAAUGACGCCGGCCCGGUACUCUGGCUUCCUGCUGCACUUCCUCGCCAUGUUCUCUAACCCGCCGAUGUCGCCCUUCAGCCAGACCGAUCUGAGCAGUUCGGAUAGUACUGAAACGGAGAAUUACGAGGCUCUGCUGAAUUUAGCUGAGCAGUUGGGCGAGGCUAAGCCAAGGGGAUUGGCCAAGCUGGAAAUCGAGCAGCUAGUGAGCUACAAAUACAAUGCCGACACUCAUGAAGGAGAUCAGACUUCUUGUGUGGUGUGCAUGUGUGAUUUCGAGGCUAGACAGACACUGAGAGUUCUGCCAUGUUCUCACGAAUUUCAUGCCAAAUGUAUCGAUAAAUGGCUUAGGUCGAACAGAACUUGCCCAAUAUGUCGUGGAAACGCUUCCGACUAUUUCAACAAUAACGAAUAGGAAAAAGAGGAACCCAGUAAGCUAGAGGAAACGUGUAAAUCUUCAGGUGCCAUUUUAGCUCUCACUGUUGCCAGUAACUUAAAAAUGUAAUUGUAGUGAUUAAAAAGAAAAUAAUAAAUGACCUUUUUUCUUGUCUAUCGGUCAUACAGCACACACACACACACUGCGCUUUUUCAUAAAUCUAUUUUUAGUAGGGCUUUACAUAAGGCAGAUGGAGGUAGAUUUUUUAGAAUACGGUCCUGGUAAAUAUUUAUUUUAAUUUUUUUUGGCGUUCUUAUUUUGUUUAAUAAAAUAUUCUUUUAAUUUAGAAAAUAUUGUUUUUAAAUACCUAGUUUUAAAUUACAGAAAUAACAUGAAAAAAAUAGCGUCACAGCAAGCAAAGAAAAACAUUUUCGUUCAAAUUUUAUUAUGUUAUAUUUAUGAAAUUUUUGAAGUGAUGAUCCUGUUUGUCCAAAUUUUUUAUAUAGUCUUAGGUAGACUUCGUCUAAUAAGUGCAUACAUACUUUUGUUAAGAUUUUAUUUAAUUUAUAUGAAAUUAAUUUUUAAUAUUUUUGAGUAGGAAUGUUUAAAAGGAUGACAUAUUUUAGGGACCACAUAUAAGAAGAAUUACAUAUUUAUUUAUAUAUUUAUUAUUUUUAUAAAAACGUUAAAUAAAUCGCCUGCCUACAUGUAAAGCCGAAACUGUAUAAAAUGUCAUGCUUUUGACAGCCUUGCAAUGUAUUUUUCAUACUACAUAUUGAUUUUUAUGCUUUAGAAUACUUUACUAUAGCUGUAUCAUCUACCGCUAGUGCUAGGCUAUAAAGUGGUAAAACUAUGCUCAAAAAAGUAUAUUCCUCAAUCCAGAAACAAUCUGUUAUUCCCUUAAAUUGCUAUUUAUUUUUCGGCAAAAUAUUUUUUUACGUAUUUUUCUAUAUUAUCUGAGAGGGGUUAAAUAUUAGUUUAUAUUUAUUUACAAUAUGGAGAGAGAAAAAGAUAAAAAGGUUGAUUUUAUGGAUUUGAAAGGUAAAUUAAUCAACAAAUUGAUUGUGCGAAGAUAUAAAAUAACAAAGUGCCAGAUAAUAUAUUUAUACUAAAAUAAAUUUCUGUGGUAGUUCCUUGUUACAUUUUUUCUGGCUUAUGUUAUUUACACUGCCGCAGUUCGAAGUAUCUCAAAAUAUAUAGGACGUAAAUAUAUAGCUGUAAAUUUAUGAUAAAGAUAAAAAAUACGUAAAAAAAUAUUUUCUUCUAUUUUUGAUGUUUUUUCGAAGGUCAAUUUUGUUACGUUAAGUGAGUGUUAUAUGUUUUUCCUUUUAUUACAUUGGCUUCAUUAUUAACUACCUCUAACACGGUAAGGCUGGAAUUAUUGACAGUUGACCCGCAAUUAUGUGCUUACUACAUAUACAGUUUGUCCAAAAAUACCACGUAUAAAUUUUGGUUUGCGUAUUCUUAGUUUAAAAUAUAAAAAAAUAAUCUAAUUCAAAAAUGCGCUAAAACUCUAGAUAAAUAUAUUUAUUAGAAAUGUCUAUUUUUUUAAAUUAAAAAAUGUACUUUUAGAAAAAACUUAUUGUGGAGAUAAUUUUAACAUAUUUAUUGAGGAUUCUUAUUUUUACCAGCUUUAAUAGUUAAAUCAAUUUUUUUAAGCCAACGAAACACUAUGUAUUAAUUAGUUCUUGCCCGUUUUAUCGAUUGUUUUUACCUACACUAGCAGAACGAAAAAUAUAUUUUUAUACGUAUAUUUUAUAGGAUAAAUUCAUCAGUUAUCAAGCAAGGAAUAGUUUUAUCAUUGAUCUCAUUUGUUUUACACAUAAGAUUUUUUUCUACUAGCAAGAAAUAGGGAAAAAAGCACAUUCCUUUUUUGUUAAUAUGCAUGAACAGAAAAUAUAAACACUACUAAUUUCAGAUAUAUCAUGAGGUUGAAUAAAAACGACAUCAUAGUAGGAGUAGAAAUAGCAUUUUAAUUCGUGCUUUUCUCUGUCUGUCAAAUCAACUGUCACUAUGAAUAUUACCGAGCUAGAGCUAGAGUACUGUUCAAUCUGAAAUGUUAUUUGACAUAGAAAUCUGAUGUCUAAAAACAUACUUGCGGGUCACUGUCUAGCUUUAGGAUAAUAACUUAGGAUUUUUUUUUCCUGAUCACAUUAAGAUUGUAUCUCCAUUAUGUAUAUGUAUUAUUUGUUAUUAGAAUAUGUUUUUUUUUGUUAUUAACCUAAAAAAUAAACUAAGUUAGCGCGUAUUUUGUAUUUGUUACGUUAAUAGUGUUCGUUAGAAAGUCUGCCUCUGAUGUGAGUAGGUUUACACUUUAGCACAAGAUAUAUAAGUGUAAAAAAAUGAUAAAAUAAACGUAUAAAAGUCGUCGAGACACUGAAACGCGAAGAUUUUAAAAUCCCUAUUACGUUUCUUUUUCGUGUUUUUAUUUCUUGUUUUUUAGUUGCCCAUCGUUGUUAAACCAAACGCAAUAAGUCAAGUGCAAUUAGUAGGUUUUAAGAUUUUCUGCGAUUUUCAUGUCUGGCGAACGUUUACACGCACCACUACCUUAGUUUAAAUUGUAAUAUUUUUAAACACGCUGUAUAUUCUACAGUAACGUUGGGAGCUUAGUCUAUUGCAGGAAGUCCCGAUUUUUCUUCUAACUGUAGCCGAUUUCUUUUUCUAUGUCUUUUAGGCUUCAGUGUGCUCUAAAAAUAUUUUAUGAUUAAGAUUUUAUAAAAGGAAUCAAUUGGAAUAAAUAGUUCAUAUUUAAAUUUAGAAUUAAAAUCUUUAAAUUUUCUUAUUAAAAUAAUGUGUCUCACUACCCCUGUUUUAAUGGAAUACUAUAAUAUAUUAUUAUGAUCAAGCAGGCUUUGACUUUGACUUGAUAAGAAUUGUUUUUCUGUCAUCAAGCAAGGCAUACUUCAUCAUAAAACACUCUUGUUGUUUUACCAAAUUAGUAGAAAAUCGAUUAUAUUACAUUAUUCAAAAUAAACUCUAACCUAUAGCCAAUUUCAAGCGAAUAACCAUUGGUUAUGGUUGACAGAUAAACAAUGCUUUAAACGUCAGUUGUCAACCAAUCGGUAGACAACUGACGUUUAAAGCAUUUAGCUGUCAACCAUAACCAACGGUUGUUCGCUCGAAAUUGGCUUAUGGUAUGUAAACAUUUAUUGUCUUUUGUCAAAGCUUUUGUUCCAUAAAAUAUACAGGGUGUGGUUAAAAAAUUGUAAGUUGUUCCAGGAUGAUUAUCAUAAUUUCUACUGAGUAUCUGUAUCUCAUAGGAACAUGGGUUUUAAAACGCCCAAUAUAGUAGACAUCAAGAAAUUCAAAUAUGAUUUUAAAUUUUCGUUAUACUUUUUUUACGAUAUAAUUUCAUUUGUUAUUCACAUUGUACCUUUUGGGACAUGCUGUAUAUCAAAAUCAAGGAUCUCCCGUUUCUGUUCCCUCCUAAAACAAAAAGUGCACGUUGUACAGUAAGAGAAAAAAAUAUUAACAACUAUGUAAUAGGUGUGCCUUUGGAUUGUACAAUUUAGUUGUGUUAAAUUCACAUUUCCAAAAAAAAAAGUUUAUAUAUUAUAUGAAAAAUGUAUCUUAAAUAAUAGCAAAGUUGCGUUUUGUUUUUUAAAUAUUUUUGUACUCUCAAAAUUAGUUUCAUUAUGCAGAUGUUUCAUGCUAUUUAAUUUGAGUCAGAUUCUAAAUAAUUAUUUUUACAGUUAUAUAUUUUUUUAAUAUUGAGGGUACAACAUAUUUUUAUUUUAUUUUUAAUUAUAAUUCAGAUAACUUGAAUCGUCUCAUUAUUUUUUGAUUAUUGUUUGUCAUUUUGCUUAAUUUAUUACUCUGUAUAAUACAUAUCUCAUUAUUUAUUGUUUGUAAGUUUAAAUUUUAAGCAAUACUUUUUGGUCCAAUUGCAAAUCAUCAUUCAUUGUUACGAUUUAAAAAACCGUUUCAUUUUGUACGUGGUUGUAUUUUUGUGAAUGUGAAUAAGUGAUAUUUUGCUUUUAGUGGGUUUUUAACAUGAUAUGUAAUAAAUAGAAUGCUUAUAAUAGUGCUAUAUAAUUCGAGCUCUUAUUUCAAUAAAACUUUAAACAGUA